AUUGUAAACUUUACCCCGGUAGGGUAUGAUAUAGCUGCAUGGAGAAAUCGCUUUUUGCGUACCAUUGCAUCGAAACGUGCAGAAGGCAAGCCAAUAAUCUACUUAGAUGAAAUUUAUGUUCACAAUACCUAUAAGCCUAAAAAAUGUUGGCAAGGUCCAUCAACAAGUGGAAUAAUUGAAAAUAUAUCGUCAGGAAAACGAUAUAUUAUUGUGCAUGCAGGAUCAGAGAAAGGCCCUGUUCCAAACUCAUUGUUGGUAUUUAGCACCAAAUCGAAAAUGACCGACUACCACCAUGACAUGAAUUCCACAAACUUCAACAAAUGGCUUCAAGAAACGCUUAUGCCCAAUUUGAAUGAACCAAGUGUAAUUGUAAUGGACAAUGCAUCAUACCAUUCUGUCAUAAUAAAUAAAGCGCCCACAUCUCAAAAUCGAAAGUUAGAGAUACAGAAUUGGCUUACAUUGAAUGGUAUUUCAUUUGAAACAUACAAUUCAAAAGCAGAGUUGCUCUGCUUAGUAAAACCGAACACACCAGAACCUAUUUAUGAAGCUGAUGAACUUUUAAGCCAAAACGGACAUGAAGUGCUAAGACUUCCUCCAUAUCAUUGUGACUUAAAUGCUAUAGAACUCAUAUGGAGUCUAGCAAAAAGAAAUGUGGGAAGCAAAAAUGUAAGCCAAACUCCAAAAGAGUUCGAGGAUCUUAUAAAACAAUCUUUUGAGUGUAUUACAGCAGAUGAUUGGAAAAAAAUGACAGACCAUGUCAUUCAUGUGGAAGACAAGUACAAAAGAAGAGACCAUAUAACUGAAAAUAAUCUGGAAAGCUUCAUCAUCAAUUUAAGAGACAGCAGCGACUCCAGUGAUUGUGACGAUUCACUCCAUGUUGAAUUUUUAGAUUCAGAUUUUGAUUAUAGUGAUUAAAAAACAGUAUAAAAAUA